GAGGUCACACUGUUAAUAAUAACAUUUCAGGCGAGAGAAGUGAAAACGUCGAGCAAAAAAAUUGGUUAAAUCGUUGUCUAUGAAUAUGAUUAAAUAAUUGUGCUUUUACUAGAACUGAGAGUGCGGCUUAAGAUUACUGUGACUAUUAAAACAUUCAGUGAUUACCAAACUUUUGCAAACCAACAACUGCGUCCUGUUGCGAACUCAACUUACACACAUACACGCGUACAUUAUUCACACGCACACAACUACAACGAUUUUUGUGAUCUCUGCGCUGCGCCUCCUUUGCUGUCGUACACACACAGCACACGUAUACGCACGCAUACACUAACAUACGUUGUGGUCUCCCCGUCGUCGCAGUUUUCACAGCUGCAACGCAAAUUCCAAAAAGGAGUUUCUACACUUUUAACAUCAAGUGACCCGUGAAAAGGAAUUUAAAGCGCAUAUUGUAAAAUCUACAAAUCUAUAAAAGAUGGCUUUGAAGCAGCAGCCUUUGACUGGCAGGCUGAAGUACUGAGGAAGCAGCAACAGCGGCGGAAGCCUUAAAGCUCUGAAGCAUUUAUCUGAGUGCUUCAUAAAGGAGGGGCGGCCAUGAGGAGCAUGUUCCGUCCGAUCAAGAAGAUUUUUACGUACAUCCAAAAAAAUGCCAGCAACAGCACAAUGUUUGGCAGCACAACAAGCGUAAACAGCGAGCUGGAAGUUGCCACAACUAGCGGCAAGCAGGAGGAGGAGGAGCAAGCAGUGGCAGAGCAACAGAAGCAGGAACAGCAGCCACAGGAUGAGGAUGAUAUUGAGCGUCAAAUUAAGACGUCCAUCAUUGAUGCAAGUAAAGUGCAUGCGGCGGCGGCGGCUAAAGCGAAAUUAAUGGUGCCUCUGCAACUCGACGAUGAGCUGGCGGAUUUCGCGCAUGAGCCGCUCACCGACGAUGACGAAGUGCAUCAGCAUGUGGUGCACGAAGAUGAUGAGGAACUGGACGAACAGUAUCUGGAGCUGGAUAGUUUUCCCAACAAUGAGAUUAUUGUGAUCAGCGAUAACGAGUUAAAUUCAUCGCUCGCCUCCGAUAACAUAUCCGAGGAUCCGUUGGCCAUCGAUGAGUUCACGCAGCAGCAGCCCGAGGAUGAGGAGGAGGGCAUUGAGAACAAUGGGGAGCUGCUCUGGCUAAAGCUGGACACUCCAAUGCCGAUGACAAGCGAUGGCAAUCACAUUGAUGGCCACACGAUGGUGCUGCCUGAAGCUCCAGGCGAAGGCAACGCAACGCCCAAGACGCCGGUGAAAACUAAAGAAGAGGAACUGCGCAGCGAUGGAGGCUCCGAUUCGGGUUUGGGAAGCGAAAACGAUCGACUCAACAAUACGGCGACAACGAUUGCUUCAGCUUCAAUUCCUGCGGUAGCCACAAGUGCGGUGAAACCUUUGCGGUCCAAUUUGAAGCGCCGCCUGGAAGAUGAUGCCAUUGAGCUGGCCCUGCCGCCCGAUCUCUCCACGUCCAACUGCUCCUCCACCAGCGCCUCCACAACCCAGAAACGCGCCAAGCGAUCCAUCAACUUUGACAACGUCAAAGUCUAUUACUUUCCGCGGCAACAGGGCUUCAAUUGUGUGCCCACCGCCGGCGGAUGCACGCUCGGCAUGGGCGCGAUGCAUAUUGCCUUCAAGACCAUGACGCUGGCGGAGCACGCCGCUGAACUGCGACGUGCACAUCGUAGCCAGAAUCAGGAGCAACAGCAGCAGCAACAGUUGCGCUUGGGCGGCUCGAGCAGCGACGAGAGCGAAGAGUCCGAGGAGGAUUAUUUGAGCGAGGGUAGCGGCAGCGAUGCCGACGAUGGCUCCAAUGGCUUCCUGCAACCGGUGACGCCCAAGCAACGUCGGGCACUGCUCAAGGCAGCCGGUGUGCGCAAGAUCGAUGCGAGCGAGAAGAUCGAUUGCCGGGACAUCAGGAAUUCGCGUGAAGUGUGCGGCUGUUCGUGUCGCGAGUUUUGUGACCCCGAGACUUGCGCUUGCAGCCAGGCGGGCAUCAAGUGUCAGGUGGAUCGCGCCAUGUUUCCGUGCGGUUGUACGCGUGAGGCAUGUGGCAACACGGUGGGGCGCGUGGAAUUCAAUCCGACGCGUGUGCGCACCCAUUACAUACACACGGUGAUGCGACUGGACAUGGAGCAGCGACAGAGCCAAGGAGCGCCAGUUGUGGCAAGUGGAAAUCAGAGUGGCUUGGCGUAUGGCAAUAGCAGCAGCGCCUCGAGUGGCGUCUCGCCUGCUGUUGCCGCCGCCGCCGCCGCUUCCUCGCAUUGCUAUUUCAUGCAGCCGCAAUCAAACUACAGCUCCGGCUAUGCCUCGCCAGCUUACACGCCCGAGACGAGCGUCAGCUACUAUCAGCAACAACAGCAGCAGGCCCCACAAUCGCCAGUUGCAGCGACAGGCAGCAACGCUGCUGCUGUUCAGCAGUCGAGUUAUGCGAGCAGCUAUCCGCAACUGGACAGCCUCGAUUCGGGUCUCUUUGCCAGCGGAAGCAAUGCCACGCCCUCGUAUGGAGAGCUGUUGACGCCCACCUAUCAUCAAACCAUCGGCUAUGGCAGUGCUCAGCUCAACUCGUACAGUGGCUACCAACAGACGACGUCCACGAGCGGUGGAAGUGCAUCGCCCGGAUCGUACAGUUCGUGCUCGGUGCCAUCGGCGCCACCUUAUGGCAAUGCGACGACGACAGCCUCGAAUGCGACGCAAUAUCAGCACACGAAUGCACUGGAAACCACCGUCGCAGCCUCCAUCAGCAGCAGCAGCAACUGCUCUGUGGUCACCGCCAGCAAUUGCUCGACGGUGUUGGGACGCCUUGGCAGCGCCACAGUGCCUGCGGAUUUUAUCAGUUUGAAUGCACCCAUUGGCAGCUCGUCGCGUCUCUCGCAGAUAAAUGAUUUGCUGCAGCACAAUCGCAACACCACAGCCGCCUUGGUGGCGGUAUCCGAGGGCUAUGCGGCUGCCACAGUGCGGAGCAGCAGCAGUCAAAGUAAUAGCACCAUUGACUCCAUUGACACGCCGCCCAUUAUGGAGGAGGCGCAACGCGGCAGUUGCAUGACCUUCGAGGAGCUGCCGCCGCCGCUCAUCAAUCCCACGCCCAUUGUGGCUGUUGUGGAGCAACCCGAACGCAAGCAGCAGCUCUUAACGCUGAGCUCAACGCCACAGCCACGUCAACCGUUAGCUACGGCAUGCGGUGAAGCGGUAGGAGGAGCGGGAGCGGUAGAGGGCGAUGUCAUCUAAGUGUGGACGUCACAUCCUGGGAUAGUUUUUAUAGCAAUUUUACACAGCAGAAGACUUAAUUAUGUUUAAGUGGGCAGCGUUGGAAUCAAAAGCAAAAAAAAAAAACAAAACAUAAAAUAGUUUAUAGAACCGUUUAC